GAAAGAAAAACCCGCGUCUUUAAUUUUGAAAGCCAAACGAAAUAAAAUAGAAAUAUCCUCCAAAGCUCUUUAAUGGCGAAUAAACGAUACCAAAUCCCACCCCAUCGUCGUCAUCGUCGUCAUCUGAUAUUCCCUGAUACCAUCUCACCCCCUAACCCCCUCCAAAACCCUAACCCUAAUGCCAUGGUUUCAAACCCAAGAACUAUGGAAAAACCUCCGAUCUUUCCAAACCCUAACCCUAACUUCCUCCUCCUCGUCCUCGUCCUCAUCUUGAUACCGGCGGCUGCUUUGUCCGACCUUGAUCUCCACUCGGGCGACCGGGAAGCUCUCCUUGAGCUCAAAUCCCGCUUGAUCGAUCCCAGAGCGAGCUUGGCGAGCUGGAACGGAUCCAUUUGCAGCGACUGGAACGGAAUCUCGUGCGAUAAUUUCACCGGCCGCGUCGUCGGGAUCAAUCUCAGCGAUUUCGAUCUCUCCGGCCCCAUCGAUCCCGGCUUCUGCAAGCUUCCCCUUCUUGAAACCCUAAUUCUCGCCGGCAAUGGCUUCUCUGGUCCCAUCCCGUCUUGCUUCGGCCGCUUCCGAGCCCUCAAAACCCUGGAUCUUAGCCGGAACAAGCUCGACGGCCCGCUGCCUCUCGAGCUCGCCAAGCUCCGGCGCCUCGAGGAGCUAUUGCUCGCCGAGAAUCCCAACGUUGGAGGUCUGAUUCCGGAGUGGAUUGGAAACUUCUCCGCUAAGCUGAAGAAGCUCGAUCUUGGAUCGAAUUCCUUCCAAGGAGAGAUUCCGGCGAGCUUGUUUAAGCUCCGCUCUUUGAGAUAUCUCGAUCUUUCGAGCAAUCGAUUGGUUGGGUUUUUGAGGGAGUUCGAUCAGCCGCUGGAAUUCCUCAGUCUCGCCGCCAACCAGCUCUCCGGCACCCUCCCCUGCCUCUCUGCGUCGGCGCGAUCUCUUUCCGUUCUCAAUCUCGCCGGCAACGCCAUCGUCGGAGGGUUUCCGACGUGCAUAUCUUCGCUCAGGGUGUUAACGGAGCUGAAUCUCUCCUCUAACGGCUUGGAAUUUAGGAUUUCGCCGAGACUUAUCUUCUCCGAUAAGCUCCUUGUCCUUGAUCUCAGCUCGAAUGCGCUCUCCGGCCCGAUUCCGAGCAGAAUCGUGGAGGACCCGGACCGGUCGGGGCUGCUGCUGCUGAAUUUGUCGAGAAACCGGCUCUCCGGCGAGAUUCCCGCGGAGAUCACCGAGCUGAGGAGCUUGCAAGGCUUAUUUCUGGCCCAAAACCAGCUCGCCGGAGAGAUCCCAGCGGCGAUCGGGAAUUUGACCUACCUCCAAGCUCUUGAUCUCUCCUACAACUAUCUCUCCGGUCCGAUUCCCGUCAGUCUCGCCGGAUGCUUCCAGCUCUGGCACCUCAAGCUGGACCACAACAACCUCUCCGGCGCCCUCCGGCCGGAGCUUGACGCGCUGGAUAGCCUCAGGAUUCUGGACGUUUCCGGGAACCGGAUCUCCGGUGAGAUCCCGCUCCCCUUGGCUGGAUGCAAGUCCCUCGAGGUUGUCGAUCUCAGUUCCAAUGAGCUCGCAGGCGAGCUCAACGGCGCCAUCCUCAAGUGGCAGAGCCUCCGCUUCCUCUCCCUCGCCCGCAAUCGCUUCUCCGGCGACCUCCCGGAUUGGAUCUUCUCGUUCCAGUCCCUCCGGUUGCUCGACCUCUCCGGCAACCGCUUCUCCGGCUUUAUACCGGACGGCGACUUCAACGUCAGCGCCGAAUUCAACAACAUCGAUUCCCACGAGUCAUGUAACGACAGUGGUCUCGCCGGAGAGGUUCGUGUUUCUUUGUCGAUGGAGCUCUCCGGGAGCCAGCAGCUGGAGUUCGAAUACGAGCUCCGGUCAGCGGUGGGGAUUGAUUUGUCCGAUAACGCUCUUCGGGGGGAGAUCCCAGAGGGUUUGAUCGGGCUGAGGGGAUUGGAGUACUUGAAUCUCUCCUACAACUAUCUCGGCGGCCGGAUUCCGGGGAGCUUGGAGAGGAUGGGGAGGCUAAGGCGGCUGGACCUCUCGCACAACUCACUGUCGGGGGAGGUGCCGGCGAGCAUCUCCCUGCUGAGGGGCCUGGAGGUGCUGAAUUUGUCCUACAAUUCUCUCUCCGGGCCGGUGCCGACGAGAGGCGGGCUCUGGAGGUUUCCGGGGGCAUUCGCCGGGAACCCGGGUUUGUGCCUGGAGUCCUCCGGGGCCGGGUGCGGCGCGGAGGCGAGCCUGCCGGCGGAGGAGGCAGUGGACGGCGGCGGAGGUGGGGAGGAGGGAUUGAUAUCUGUGGAGGCGUUCUUGAUCAGCGCCGUCGUCGGCUUCUACGCGUCCACGGUGGCUCUGCUUUGCUCCGGGAAGACCAGGGGCUAUCUUUUCCAGCCGUUGAAGCCGGAAUUCUAAGUACUACGCGGGGGAAGGGGUUUUUCUUGUAACGGACAAGAGAGGCCAUCGUACAGUGCUUGGGAAGCAUGGAUCGGGACAUUCUUGCAAACAUCUGUUUCAGAAAAUGGUCAACUUCUCAAACUUAUUCUUUUAUUAUGCCACUGUCAUGGAUCAGCAAUGGAGUUCCAAUUUCUGCGCGAUUAACACAUUCAGUUGUUAACGCUGCAACCGAUAUUAAUACAGUCCUUUGUCGUUCUUUUCCGCGGGGUAAGCCGAGGCCAGCUGGGCUAAAUACCAAACAUGAUCCAACCUUGCCGUGUUCUUCUUUUACCUCUUCCACGUGGAAAAGCCUCUUGCCAAUAGAUUCAAGCGGUAGGUUCAGAUGGUGAGACUUCAUUGGGGCAUAGCUGAGAGCUACAUGUAAGGAAAUCACUUAUGCGAGGUGUGUUCUGGAUACGGAUAGUAUCUACCUUGAAGGAAUUUUGCCAUGAUGAUCGAGUAAAUUCGAGACGAGCACAGAAAUAGAGAUGGACAACUAUUGCUUCGUGACAUACGUAGGUUGGUGAGAGAUUGUGGCUCCUUCUAGGCCACUGAUAUCUACCGGAAGACAAAUAUGGUUGCUGACUGGGUCAUCUUCUUCGCCGCUCAGCAUUUGAGAGGGAUCUUUUGGGGGAGUUAUGUGUUUGUUCCUCUUUCUCUUCGCCAUUUUGUUUUUUUAAUAAUUUUGUUUGUUGUACUCAUACAAGAUUUGUGCGAGCAGCCGUUGUACUUAAAAAAAAAAAAACUUGGGUUGGGGUAGAUUUGGACACGCAACAGCAUGUUGGUGGCCCACUGAGGUUGGAAUAUGGUGAGAGGCAUUCCUACAGAAUGAGCUACAUUUCCUCUAUAUAGUUUACAUGGAAGCAAAGAAAAGUAUCAAAAUCUACAAAUCUAGUGUUUGAAAUUUUAAAUUCAUUAUGCCUUUGUCAUCGACCAUAGAAUUAAUUCAACCAGAUUGAUUGGAGAUUAGAACUCAGUUGGAUAAUUUGAAUUUCUUAAUGAUGUAAUUUAAGACAUGAACACUUCCAUAAUCCAUUUUCCUUAUGGAUGAUUUUAUAUUUAUUUUGAACUUUCUAAAGCCAAAACCAAUUAACAGGAAGAUGUAUGUAUUUUUGGAU